AUGCCGAGGAAGAAGGCGGCUCCGCAGCGGAACGAGGCGUCCGCCGCGGACGCCAAGCGUGCCCGCGAAGAGGCCGAUAAGGCCGCCGCCGACGCCGCCCGGAAGCGCGCCAGGAGCGAGGCCUUCACGCGGAGCGUGACCAAGGUGGUCGCGCCGCUCGUGCCGGAGAAGCAUCGCGACGACGACGGGGUGGAGGUGGCGAGGCUGAACGGCGUGCGCGCGAGACGCGGCGAUGACGCGUCCACAUCGUCUCCCGCGUCGGUUCCGACGCGGCUCACGCUCGAGGUGGCCGGCGACGGCUCGAAGGUCCCGCGACUGGCGUGGAGUUUCGCCGACGAGGAGAAGGACGGGUCACCGUCCGGCGAUGAGCGCGAGUGGCGACCCGAGCGCGACCCGAGCUUCCACGCCGCCUCGGCGCUCCUCUUCCUCAUCGAGCGCGGACGAUUCGCGCUCCGCCUCGACGCGCGAGACGCGACGCGAUGCACGCUCGCCGUGCUCGUCGCGCCCGACGCGCUGGAAUCACCGACGCAUCCCGAGGAAUUCGCGAGGAAGGGCCACCACGGCAAACAGAGAGCCGCGUUGGCCUGGCUCGCGCCCCCGCGCCGCCGCACGCUCGAGCGAUACGCCGCGGGCAUCGAAGAGCACGACGACGACGACGUCGACGACGUCGGUCCACAGCUGUCGCCGCUAGUCCCAGCCUCGCACAACCUCCUGCGCGACGUGUACGAAGCCGCCAAACCCCCGCGCGAUUGCCCCGACGGUUGCGACGGCUGCGCGUUCACCGAGCUCGUGCCGACGCCGAGGCCGUAUCAGCGAAGGGCCGUGGACUGGAUGAUACGCCGCGAGCGGGGGGGAGUCCCGGCGGCGUCCAAGCGCGGCGAUAGCGUCGAGGAGGACGAUGGGAAGACGUCAUCGUCGAAUCAUCCCCUGUGGAGCCGGCUCGGCGACGAAGUUUACGUCAACUGGAGCACCGGUCAGCUGACGCGCGAUAGGUUCGACGGCGGCGUCGCGGAACCUUCGGGCGGGAUACUCGCCGAUGAGAUGGGUCUGGGAAAGACGGUCGAGCUGCUGAUGUGCGUGCUGGCGCACAGGUUCGAGCCGCCGGCGGUUGUGAAGGAGGAGAAGAAAGAGGAGGAGGAGGAGGAGGAGGCUGGGACCGGAGAGAAAGUCGCCGACGCCGACGACGACGAGCAGACUGAGGAGAUCGUCGGGUGCGUGUGCGGCAACACCGAAGACGACUACGAGGGCAUGUGGCUCGCGUGCGACGGGUGCCGUCAGUGGUCCCACGCGCGGUGCGUCGGAUACACCAAGGCGGAUGAGACGCGACAUCGCAAAAAAGCCGACGCGGCUAUCCGAGCGUCUCUGGACGCGCGAGCCGAAUGGGAGCGCGCCGCGGCGCACGCCAAGUCGCUCGCGCGAGGAGGCGCGCGGUACGUCGACGACGACACCGCCUCAGACGCCGUGAAGGUCGCCGCGAGGCUCGAGGAAAUAUCCGAGAAGAAGAACGCGGACGCGGACGCCGCCGCCCACGCGCCGCCGUUUCUCUGCGGCGCGUGCGUCGCGAGGCGAGCCGGCGAGGUCGUUUCCGGGCCUUGUCGCGCCACGCUCGUGGUGUGCCCGACGCCCAUCUUGCCCCAGUGGCGCGCCGAGCUCCGCCGCCACGCUAAACCCGGCGCGGUGAGGGUGUUGGUGUACGAGGGCCAGCCGAGGGACGCCGGGGGACCGAACGCGGGUAAGCGUCGGACAAAUGCCACCUUUCAAACGGACACCUUUCAAACGGACGAACGCCUUUCAAACGCGUCCGACGGGGUCGUGUCCGCCGCGAACCUCGCCGCCGCCGACGUCGUGCUCACCACGUACGACGUCCUGCGCGGGGAUCUGCACCACGACCCGCUCGGGGACGCGGGAUCGCGGGCCAGCAGGCACGUGAAGAGGUACUCGGUGAUUCCCACGCCGCUCACCAGGUUGACGUGGUGGAGAGUCGUCCUGGACGAGGCGCAGAUGGUCGAGAGCUCGACGGCGGCCGCGGCGGCGAUGGCGAGGAUGGUGCCGGCCGUGCACAGGUGGGCGGUGACGGGAACGCCGGUGUCCAGGGGGCUCGAAGACCUCCAGGGCCUGUUCGCGUUCCUCGGGGGUCCGUCGCCCUUUGCGGACGCGGGGUGGUGGCGAAGGAUGGUGCAGACACCGUACGAGGCGCAUCACCACUCGGCUCGCGAGUUUUUACAUAGGUCGCUUCGACGCCUGAUGUGGCGCAACGCCCGAGCGGACGUCGCCGACGAGCUCGCGCUGCCGCCGCAGGGACAGACGGUGACGUUGCUGCGCCCGUCGGGGAUCGAGGCGCACUGGUAUCAGCAGCAACGGAAGGUGUGCGAGGGUUUAGCUCGGGACGCGCUUCGGAGGAUCAAAGACCCGAGGGCGUUUAAGAAGGAACGCGAGGAGGAGAGGCGAAAGGAACGGAUGAGGCGCGAGGGUGCAUCCGCCGCCUGGAACGGGCGCGGACGCAGGCUGGGAAGAGGCGAGCUCGAUGAACUCGCGGACCUCAUCGACGACGGGGAGGACGAAGCCUUUGAAGAGGUGGAGGAGGAGGAGAUUGUGGAUCUGACUGCGAACGACGACGACGAGGACCGCUACCUCACCGCUGAGGAAUCUCGUAAGGUCCUCCAGCCCUUACUUCGUCUGCGCCAGGCGUGUAACCACCCCCAGGCGGGUACGCACGGCGUCCGAAGCCUCGCGAAAGGCAACGGCGGCGGCGUCAUCGGAGCGGGAGGCAUCCACAGCGGCGUGAUCAUGACCAUGCCCCAGAUCCACGCCGUUCUCAUCGACCGCCAGCGCACCGAGGCGGAGGAGGCGCAGAGACUCGUGGCGUUCACGCUCAACGCCAGCGCCGGCGUGGCCAUGUGCCGCGGCGACUACCCCGCGGCGGUCGGCCAUUACCGCGAGGUUUUGCGCCUGGAGUUGGCGGGCGCCGAGGACGGCCUCAACCUUCGGCUCGACUCGCUUCAGCGACUUCACGCGCUUCACAACCUUCGCGCCGCUCUGGAAGCCGCGGGACCCGACGCGCCCGUCGCCAGGACGUUACGCGACGACUCCCUCGACGACGACGCGGAGACGGAGCGGCGAAAGUACGUCGCGCAGCGCGCGGGCGGUGUUUUUGCCGCCGCCGCGGACCUUCGCAAGGUUUCGGAAUCCGUUAAAAAAAACGCUCGAAUCUGCGGCGCGUCGGGCGCGGGCCCCGCGGGCGCCGCGUGGUGGUCCGCGCUGAUCGACUCUCAUUCGCGCUCGGCGGACGGCGGGCGAUCGACUCUCGACAGGCUGGUGGAUAACCAGCUGUCGGGGCGUUGGCAGGGUCGCGAGGUCGCCUUCACCGACCUCGCCGGUUUCAGGUUUGCGCUGGAGACGGCGCUGGACGAGCUGGGCCGACGUCGCGAAGAAUUUCUCGACCGGUUGGAACACCUCGCGAAGGUCACCGCGGACGCCGAUCCCGUCGACGUGGAGGCUGCGGGCAAGUGCGUGCUGUGCGUGGCGAAGACCACGAUGCACGACGACGACGACGGCGUCGUCUUCGCCGGGCGUCAACGCGCCAAACCCGCGUCGAACCGAGAACGAAACCUCCGCGACAUCGACGCGAGAUCGGGGGGCGGUCGGACGCUGUGUCAGCACUGCGCCGCGUCGCCGCUGUUCAAGCGAUACGAGGACGUCCUCUUCGGGCACCUCGGCAUGGACGCGGGGAUGACGACGGGCGGGCGCGGGAGGAUCGCGCAGGCUGACGUCGGCGACGGGCGAUCCGCGCCGUCCUCCGCCGAGGUUGCGCUGAAAUUUUUAGCCACUCGGGUUCCAAAGCAGGGGUUCGGCGCCGUCGCCGCGAAAGAAUCGUCGCUCGCGCACCUCGAGAUGAUGGAAGACAUGCGCAGGGAGUUCACUCGCGCGAUGAUCCUCGUCAAGCACCAGCGCGAGGAGAUGUACGCGCGCGACGAGCUCGCGAUGGCGACCACGCGCAUCAGGGUUCGCGCGUCUCACGAGGUCGCGCUCGGGGGUCUGCCCGAUCCCGUUCCCGAGCACCUCCGCGCGUCCGUCGUUCACGAGUGGGAGCUCGACGACAUGGAGGAGGCGUACGUCGCCGACAGGGCCGCGUACGAGGACGACCUGCGAAAGGCCAAGUCGCAGGUUCGAUUCCUGGAGCGGCUGAAAGACGACGAGGAGAGGGAGAAUGGCGGGGGAGAUUCGGGACCGUUCGAGUGCCCGGUUUGCGUCGAGGAGGUUGACUCGUCCGCCGCCGCCGCGGAGCUCGCCGUGCUGCCGUGCGGCCACAGGCUGUGCGUCGGGUGCACCGACGCCCUCGUCUCGCGCGCGCCGCCGCCGGCUCACCCGCGGGCGCCGCGAUGCUUUAAGUGUCCGACGUGUCGGGUCAGAACCGCGGCAGACGAGGUCAACUACGUGGCCAAGGGAUCGUCGCGCGUCAAAUGCGUUCGAUGGCCCGCGGCGGGGGCUGGGGACGGCGCCGACAUGGACGCGAGUCUCGGCACCGAGCGCGAACAGCUGCAGCACGAGGCUGCGCUCGUCGUGAAGGGCUCUUGGGGGACCAAGGUCGAAGCCGUGGUUCGCAGGGUGAUGUACCUUCUAGACCCGGACAGGCCGGGUGGCCAUCGGGAUGCGAAAUGUUUGGUAUUUUCGGAGUGGGAGGACGCGCUUCGAGUCGUGGCCGCGGCGCUGAAGGCUAACGACGUCCCGGCCGCGCACACGCUCGGCGGAGGGCGUAAACUCCGCGACGCCAUCGACGCGUUCAAAGGGGUCGCGCCGCCGCCGGCGGGUGAGCCGUCGCCGAAAGCGCUGCUCAUGCCGCUGCGAAGGGGCGCGAACGGAUUGAACCUCACCGAAGCUCAGCACGUGAUCCUGUUGGAGCCGGUGUUGGACCCCGGCGCGGAGGCGCAGGCCAUGAAACGCGUGGACAGGAUCGGGCAGACCAUGCCCACGUGCGUGCACAGAUUUCUGUUACAGGGCACAGUCGAAGAGAACGUGCAGGAGCUGAGCAGGCGGCGGCGGGAGGCGGCGCCGGGCGAGGCGGAGGAUGUCGGCCGCGCCAGAUCCGGCUCGGGUCUGCGAAUAUCGGAGGUUGAGGUUCUCAUACCCAGACGCGUCGUCGGAGCGGGGGCGGGGUCGGCGGAUGCGAGCCCUGGGACGGAGACCAACGUCCUCACGGAUUAG